UCGCCGGUGGCGGGCGACACGACUUUCCUGGAGCCCUUCCUGAAUUCGCGGUGUGAUUCCUUGCACGAUCGACCGAAUCCUGAGACGUGAAAUCACCGAAACUUGCGCGAGGUAGUCCCUGCGCGGGAGUUCAAUUGAGCUUUUUGUAACCGCUGUAAUCCGUUGACGACGUAGGCCCGUCCGACGUCGAUUUGGAUCCUCCUGAAACCGUUCGUCUGUCUGCGAGUAGGACAUCCGGAUUUCCCAAUGUUUAGUCGUGACCGAAGCCAGAAUAGGGGCCGUCGUGGCGGUACUAUCAAAGUAGGAACAAAUAUUAGUAGUAAAGGCAGCAGUGAUAAUGGACGUCGUGCUAACAGAUUUAGCAUACCUAGAGGAAGUGUCAGUAAUGUGCGAGGAGGAUUAAAAGGAAAGCAACCUGGUGGUGGCUUGAGAAAAGUAAACUGGGACCUUUGUACUUUGGAACCAUUGCGCAAAGACUUUUAUAUAGAGCAUCCCGCAGUCAGGAACAGAUCUAACGAAGAGAUGAAUCGAUUUCGAGAGAACACAGAAAUAACUGUGAAGGGUGAACAUGUUCCUAAUCCCAUACAAUAUUUUGAGGAGGGAAACUUUCCUCCUUACGUAAUGGAGAAUAUUCAUAGAGAAGGGUAUUUACGGCCUACUCCAAUUCAAGCUCAAGGAUGGCCUAUCGCUCUUAGUGGUAGAGAUCUUGUUGCGAUUGCUCAAACUGGUUCUGGAAAAACACUUGGGUAUAUUUUACCUGCAAUUGUGCACAUUAUACACCAACCGCGUAUAAGCAGUGGCGAUGGUCCAAUUGUUUUGAUCUUAGCUCCAACUCGAGAAUUAGCUCAACAAAUUCAAGAAGUGGCCAAUAGCUUUGGGGAAAUGGCAGCUGUAAGAAAUACAUGUAUCUUCGGCGGGGCUCCGAAAGGACCACAGGCGCACGAUUUGGAGAAAGGCAUUGAAAUAUGCAUUGCUACGCCAGGUAGACUUAUAGAUUUCUUAGAAAAAGGAACUACCAACUUAUAUAGGUGUACUUAUUUGGUACUCGAUGAAGCCGAUCGUAUGCUAGAUAUGGGAUUCGAACCUCAGAUACGAAAGAUAAUUGAGCAGAUACGACCUGAUAGACAAGUAUUAAUGUGGUCGGCGACGUGGCCUAAAGAAGUUCGUGCGCUCGCAGAGGACUUUUUAACGGAUUACAUUCAUCUCAAUAUAGGUUCUCUCACUCUGUCGGCCAAUCACAACAUCACUCAGAUCAUCGAUGUUUGUCAGGAAUAUGAGAAAGAUUUAAAGUUAUAUAGAUUGCUUCAAGAGAUCGGUACUGAAAAGGAGAACAAGACCAUCAUAUUUGUAGAAACCAAACGUAAAGUGGACGAUAUCACGAAGAACAUUAGACGCGAGGGAUGGCAAGCUGUGAGUAUUCACGGCGACAAAAAUCAGCAAGAAAGGGAUCACGUAUUACAAGAAUUCCGCAAUGGAAAAGCGCCGAUUUUGGUUGCAACAGACGUAGCAGCUAGAGGUUUGGAUGUGGAUGAUGUGAAAUACGUUAUAAAUUUCGAUUUUCCAUCUUCGUCGGAGGAUUAUAUACAUAGAAUCGGUCGAACUGGACGUAAGCGGCAGACCGGAACAGCGUAUGCAUUUUUCACAACUCAUAAUAUGAAGCACGCUGGAGAUUUGAUAGAAGUUUUACGAGAAGCUGGACAGAAUGUCAAUCCGCGUCUCAGUGAAAUGGCAGAGAUGGCUAAGGCGGGAAACUUUGGCGGCAGAAAUGGGAAACGUUUCGGAGGUUCUUCUGGUGGUAAUGGUGCUGAAAGGACUAACAGUCGAAGAAGUAAUGAUGUUAGAGGAAGAGGCGGCGGUUCGGUGAGAGGAAGAGGCCUCUCUCACAGCGGAAUUUCUUAUAAGCCUUCUUCGAGCUUUUAUUCGGGAAUAGAUUACUGUAAUUAUAGCAAUAUGAAACAGAAUACUUCUUUGGGCCAGAACACGACCUAUGGAUAUAGCACGCAGAGAAGCUACGGGCAGGGAAAUAUGCUACAAAAUUACGAAGUUGGCGAUAACUAUGGAAGUGGUUAUCCAUACAGAAGCACAACUUAUUAAUUUCAUUUUUAAUGAAUUUAUUGGUAGCACGUAAUAAUUUGACGAUGUAAAAUGUGUCACGUUUGGUAAUAGUGAAACUUGAUAGGAUGCAGAAGAGUCUGUUAAAGUUAUAUUAGAUAAAAAGGACAUAUAAAAAAUAAAUAUAGCAAAUAUAAGUUACGCGGUAUAAUAGAAAUAUAUACUACAUUCUAUAUUGUACUAUCGAGUGGAUAAUGACCGUGACUAAUGUUUGCAAGUCAACAAUUUACAAGUUUGUUGAAUGUAUAUGUAAUGUCCAUACAUUUGCAUGUAUGUCCAAUUUAUAGCAAAAGUAAAGCAAACCAAAGAAACUUUGACACAACUUUAAUGCAAUUGCAACUCUAAUUUUGCAAGUUACUUUUAUUUAAAACAUGUUAGUCAAUAUUUAAUGAAAGUAGAAGAAUAUAAAUUCUUAUAUAAUAUUAGAAUGUAAUCACACUCCAAAGUUCAAGUAUUUAAACAAAAUUUAGUUUUAUUUUAUAAUAGUUGGACAUUUUACGUAUAUAAAUUUUAUGAAAUGUUACACAAUUUUAUCGUAAGCAGUACAUAUUAUGCUGAUUGUAUAUCAGUCUUGUUUAACAUAUUAUAUUAUAUUUUAAUGAUAUUAGCAGAUAAAUAUUUUAUUAUAAACAGCAAAGCGAGAAAAAUGUUUGAGAAUAAAGUUAAGUGAGUUAGAAAUAUUUGUAUCACACUAGUGUGUAAUUUAAAUCAAAAAUAGCAACUUUACUUUUUUAAUUUGAAUUGUUCAAUUGAUUGUACUGUUAUCUUUUUUCUAUAAAUAAACUUAACACUCUUGAUGUAUUUGAUUGUUAGAUAGACUAUUAAAAAUGAUUAAUCUUUUAAUCUUCAUAUAUCAAUAAUUUUAACACAUUGUCAGCUUAUUUUAUUUUAAUUAUUCAUCUGGACUUUUAAAUUAAAUAUUUUAAAUUGUAGUAAUAAGUAACAGUUUAAUUGUAUUUGUCAUUAUGUUGUAGAAAACUAAGAGAAUGUGAUAAGAAUUUGUUAAUGAAUCUGUAGAAAAAAAGUGCAAUUGAUAGACUAUAAUAUAGUCAUGUUAUGAAUAUUAACGUACUACGUUGUUUUUUAAUUAGACUGCGAAAAGUCCUAAUAAAUAUUUUUAGAACGAAUUUGAUUGAAUGUACAAACAGAUAUUAAUCUAUGUUAAAACCUGUUUAGGUAAAAUGACAAGAAUUAUCAACAUAGUUUAUAAUUGAUUGACCAAUUGACGCUUAACAUAAAUUGUUUGGCAAAAUAUAUGUCAAACUUUUUGCCGAUCACAAUAUUUAUAUUUUUGAUACAUGCAUAAGCUUCAUGUAAUUUAUACCAAUUUUUAGUAAGACGUUUAACCGAAUUCCCCAGAUAAUUUAUUGGGUAUAGCUGAUUAAUAGUAGUCUAAUUAUUUGUGAUGUUGACGAUUGACAACUUUUUUUUCCCUAAUAUCUGUGAUUGUUGAAGUUUAAACAAAACAUUUGUGUGUGCCAUGUUGUGUGAAUCUAAGUUAUAAAAUUAAUAAAGUUAACUUUCGUUUUCUUGAAA